AUGCCUCCCUAUUUUGAGACCACAGAGAGUUUUGCAUUGGUAACACUGACACGUGCUUCUCAAGUUCCUCUACUUUCAACACAUUUUACAAGAACUGAUGACAUGAUGGAACACAUCACAAAGAUACCCAAUGGAGCAGCACAUGAAGGCACCAUAGAACCAGUCAAGGGGCCUCUGGAAUCCACAUCACCUGCUAGUCCUAGAGGUACACACACAGGAGGGACACAAAGAGCAGAGACCACUGCCACAGCUCUGAAGACCACCUCCACAGCCACACUGACCACCAGAGUCUAUACUGCCAGUUCAGGGUCACUGGCUCCCCUCAAGACAUCAGCGCAAGCAGCCGCCACAAGCACAGCAGGAAUGAUGAUCACAACCCCAGAUGUUUCCUCUGAUGUUUCAGAGAUGACGUCCUCAUUGGCCACAAGCCUUGGAGCAGAGACCACCACCGCUGUUUCCAGUAUAAUCCCAUCUGUUUUCAAUAGAGAACCAGAGCCCACAGCUUCACCUGUGCCCAGUUCUGGGGCAGACACCAGUCCAUCUGUUCCGACUGUUUCCUUUGGUGAGCUGGAUACAACAGCCUCGUGGAAGACUCACCCUGCAGAGACCACCUCAAUUAUUUCCAAGGCAACACUAAAUGUUUCCCAUAGUGAAUCAUAUCCCACUCCCUCAACAGCCACCAGUCCUGGGGCAGAAGUCAGUUCAGCUGUUCCAAAGCCAACUGCCUCCCCCAAUAUACCAGAUACGGUGACCUCACUGACUACUAGUUCUAUGGCAAAGACAAGUAUGGUUAUUCCAAUUCUGACAGAAUCUCCAGAUGAACCAGAGACCACAGCCUCAGGGGCUGCCCAUCCCGCAGAGAAAAGCCCAACUGUUCCCAGGACAAUCCCAAAUAUUUCCCAUAAGGAGUCAGACACCACACCUUCAAUGGCCACCAGUCCUGGGGCAGAAGCCAGUUCAACUGUUUCAACUAUGACUAUCUCACCUGGUGUAGCAGAUCUGGUAACCUCACAGGUCACUAGUUCUGGGACAGAUGCUGAUAUGGCUCUUCCAGCUCUGACUCUUUCCCCUGGUGAACCAGAGACCACAGCCUCAUUGGUUACCCAUCUUGGGACACACACCAGUUCAGCCAUUCCAACUCUGACUACCUUGCCUGGUGUGUCAGGGCUGGUGACCUCACUGGUCACUAAUUCUGGAGCAGGAACAAGUACCACUGUUCCAACUAUGACAGUCUCUUCAGGCCAACUGGAUACCACAGCUUCACGGAUCACCCAUGCUGGGGCAGAAGUCAGUUCAACCGAUCCAACUCUGACUUUUUCCUUUAGUGAGCCAGAUACAACAGCCUCAUUGGUUCCUCAUCCUGCAGAGACUAACACAGUUCCCAGGACAACUCCCAAUUUUUUCCAUAGCAAAUCAGACACCAUACCUUCAACAUCCACCAGUCCUGGAGCAGAAGCCGCUUCAGCUGUUCUAGCUCCAACUGUUUCACCUAGGGUACCAGGGGCAGUGACCUCUCUGGUCACUAGUUCUAGGGAAGUAACUAGUACAAGUAUUCCAAUGCUGAGUCUUUCUCCUGGUGAACCAGAGACCACAGCCUCACUGAUCACCCACCCUGAUGCACAAACAAAUUCAACCAUUCCAGUUCUGACUGUCUCCCCUAGUGUACCAGGGCUGGUGACUUCACUGGUCACUAGUUCUGGGACAGAGACCAGUACAUUUCCAACUCUGACUGCUGGCCCAGGCCAACUGGAGACCACAGCCUCAUGGGUCACUCAUCCUGGGAUGGAAGCCAGUUCUGUUGUGACUUCUUUGACUGCCUCCCCUGGUGAGCCAGAUACAACAGUUUCAUUGGCUACCCAUCCUACAGAGAAUAGCCCAACCAUUGCCAGGACAACCCAAAGUUUUUCCCAUAGGAAAUCAUACACCACACUUUCAACAGCCACCAGUCCAGGGGCAGAAUUUAGUUCAGCUAUUUCAACAGCCAUUUCAGCUGGUACAUCGGAUGUGCCAACCUCACUGGUCACUAGUUCUGGGGAAGAUACCAGUACAACUUCUCCAACACUGAUUGUGUCCCCACAUGAAUCAGAGACAAUGAUCUCAUGGGUUACUCAUCCAGAAAAGACCAGUCAAAUGGUCCCCAGGACAAUGUCCCACAGUGAAUCAGACACCACAGCCUCAGUGGCCACCAGUCCUGGGGCAGAGACUGGUUCAGCUGUUCCAACAAUAACUAUCUCACCUGAUGUACCAGACAUGGUGACCUCACAGGUCACUAGCUCUGGGGCAGUGACCAGUAUUAUUCCAACUCUGACUCUUUCUCCUGGUGAACCAGAUGCCACAGCCUCAUUUGUCACCCAUCCUGGGACACACACAAGUUCAGCCAUUCCAACUCUGGCUGUCUCCCCUGAUAUGCUGACCUCACUGGUCUCUAGUUCUAGGACAGACACAAGUACAUUCCCAACGCUGCCUGAGUCCCCACAUAAACCAGAGACAACAGCCUCAUGGGUCACUUACCCUGCAGAGACCAGCACCACGGUUUCCAGGACAGCCCUCAGUUUUUCCCAGAGUGAAUCAGACACCACACCCUCAAUCGCCACCAGUUCGACUGUUUCAACUACAACUAUCUCACCUGGUGUAUCAGAUCUGGUGACUUCACAGGUCACUACCUCUGGGAUUGAUACUAGGAUGACUUUUCCAACACGGACUGAGUCCCCGCAUGAACCAGAGACAACCGCUUCACGGUUCACUCAUCUUGCAGAGACCAGCACAACAGCUCCUAGGACAACCACUAAUUUUUCCUGUAGUGAAUCUGACACCAUACCCUCAAUGGCCACCAGUUCGACUGUUUCAACUGUGACUCUCUCACCUGGUGUACCAGAUAUGGUGACCUCACAGGUCACUAGUUCUGGGAUAGACACCAAUAUGGCUCUUCCAACUUACACUCUUUCUCCUGGUAAAACAGAGACCACGGCCUCAUUGGCUACCCAUCCUGGGACACAGACCAGUUCUGCUGUUCCAACUCCAACUGUUUCUUCUAGUGAGCCAGAUACAACAACCUCACGGGCCACCCAUCCUGCACAGACCAGCACACCUGUUUCCAGAACAACCCCCAAUUUUUCCCAUAGUAAACCAGAUACCACACAUUUAACAGCCACCAGUCCUGGGACAGAAGCCAGUUCAGCUGUAUUAACAAUGACUAUCUCACCUCGUGUACCAGAUGUGGUAACCUCACAGGUCACUAGUUCUAGGGCAGUGACCAGCACGACUAUUCCGACUCUGACUCUUUCUCCUGGUGAACUGAAAACCACAACCUUAUUGGUAACCCACUUCAGUGCAGAGACAAGCACAAAAUUUCCUGCUUCGACUGUUUUUCCUCAUGUAUUGGAGACCACAGCCUCACUCUCUACUGAUGAUGGGACAGACACCAGCAUGACUAUUCCAACUUCAACUUUAUCCCCUGGUUUAUCAGAGACCACAAAUUUAUUGGCUACCAGCUCUUUGGCAGAAGCCAGCACAGAUAUUCCAGCUCUGACGAUUUCCCCUGGUGUCCCUGGGCUUCCUGGUGCCCCCACGACAGCUGGUAGGCCUAAUACUGUAACUUUUUGGAGCGCAGAAACCUCACCACCCAUAACUUCUAUUGGACUCCCAGAAUUUUCCAGGACUGUUACAGGUACCACUAUGACCUCGACACCAUCAGAAAUCCCAACGCCACCUAAAACCAGUCAUGGAGAAGGAGUUAGUCCAACCAGUAUCCUGAAAACUACAAUGGUAGAAACCACUCAUUUAGCAGCCACAAGUUCAAACCCCACCAUGGCUGAUGCCACAAUUGCCUUCAAUACACUGGCUGGAAGUCCCUUUGCGCCUCUGACCACACCUGGGAUGUCCACCUUGGCCUCUGAGAGCAUGACUUCAGGAACAAAGAUGCAGGUGCUGGUGAGUGCUGGAAUGGUAACAACCAAGGGGAUAGGGGAGACUGGUCUCUUCUUACCUUCCCCUGCUGCAGCCAAAGUUCCUCUGUUGAUGCCUUUUACCCUCAACUUCACCAUCACCAACCUGCACUACAUGGAGGACAUGGGGCAUCCGGGCUCUGAGAUAUUCAACACCACUGAGAGGACCCUGCAGCACCUGCUCAAGCCCUUGUUCCAGAACAGCAGCAUCAGCUCCGGCUACUCCGGCUGCAGACUGACCAUGCUCAGGACUGAGAAGGACGGGGCAGCCAUCAGAGUGGAUGCCAUCUGCAUCUACCGUCCUGACCCCGUGGGCCCUGGGCUGGACAGAGAACAGUUGUACCAGGAACUGAACCAACUGACCCACGGUGUCACCCAGCUGGGCCUCUACACCCUGGACAGAGACAGCCUGUAUGUCAAUGGUUAUAACCAUCGGUACUGGACCCCCACCACCAGCACUCCAGCGACUUCUACAUUUUCUCCAGGGGUUUUCACAUCCUCCAUCCCUAGCGCUACAGGUAGGAACCUGCUUGCUGGGUUCCCUUUCCUGGUUCCAUUCACCCUCAACUUCACCAUCACCAACCUGCAGUAUGAGGAGGACAUGGGGCGCCCGGGCUCCUGGAAGUUCAGCACCACGGAGAGCGUCCUGCAGGGUCUGCUCAAACCCUUGCUCAGAAAUAGCAGUCUGGGAAACCUCUAUUCAGGCUGCAGACUAGCCUCACUCAGGUCCGAGAAGGAUGGGACAGCCACCAGAGUGGAUGCUAUCUGCACCCACCGCCCUGAUCCUGAAGGCUUCAGACUGGACAGAGAGCAGCUGUACUGGGAGCUGAGUGAGAUGACCCAUGGAAUCACGGAGCUGGGUCCCUACACCCUGGAUAAGGAUAGUCUCUAUGUCAAUGAAUUCACCCAUCGGAGAUCUGUGCCCAUCAGCAGUACACCUGGGACACCGACAGUGAACGUGGAAAGCUCUGGGACUCCAUUCUCCUUUCCCAGACCCACAGUCACUGAAUCUCUCCUCAUGCCGUUCACCCUCAACUUCACCAUCCUGAACCUGCAGCAUGAGGACGUCAUGCAUCACCCUGGUUCCUGGAAGUUCAACACCACAGAGAGGGUCCUGCAGGGUCUGCUCAGGCCCUUGUUCCAGAAUAGCAGUGUUGGCCCUCUGUACUCUGGCUGCAGACUGACCUUGCUCAGGCCUGAGAAGGACCGGACAGCCACUGGAGUGGACGCUAUCUGCACCCUCCGCCCUGACCCCACAGGCCACGGGCUGGAAAGACAGCAGCUGUACUGGGAGCUGAGUCAGCUGACCCAUGGCAUCACUGAGCUGGGUCCCUACACCCUGGACAGGGACAGUCUCUAUGUCAAUGGUUUCACCCACAGGAGCUCUCUGCAUAUCACCAGCACUCCUGGGACUUCCACCGUGGAUAUGGGAGCCUCUGUGAAGCCUUCCUUGCCCCCAAGCCCUAUGACCACUGGACCUCUCCUUAUGCCAUUCACCCUUAACUUCACUAUCACGAACCUGAGGUGUGAGGAGGACAUGCUUCACCCAGGUUCCUGGAAGUUCAACACCACAGAAAGGGUCCUUCAGGGUCUGCUCGGGCCCUUGUUCCAGAACACCAGCGUCAGCACUCUGUACUCCACCUGCAGACUUACCUUACUCAGGCCCGAGAAGGAUGGGGCAGCCACUGGAGUAGACGCCAUCUGUACCCUCCGCACUGACCCCGCAGGCCAUGAGCUGGAUAGAGAGCAGCUGUACUGGGAGCUGAGCCAGUUGACCCACGGCAUCACUGAGCUGGGUCCCUACACCUUGGACAAGGACAGUCUCUAUGUCAACGGUUUCACCUCUAGUUUUGUGCCCAUCACCAGCCCUCCUGGGACUUCCACAGUGAACCUGGGAACCUCCAGGGCUCCAUCCUCCCUCCCCGGCCCCCCCACUGCAGCAGCUAAACCACACCUGACGCCGUUCACCCUCAACUUCACCAUCCUGAACCUGCAGUAUGAGGAGGUCAUGCGUCACCCUGGCUCCUGGAAGUUCAACACCACGGAGAGGGUCCUGCAGGGUCUGCUCAAGCCCUUGUUCCAGAACACUAGUGUCGGGCCUCUGUACUCCGGCUGCAGACUGACCUCGCUCAGGCCCGAGAAGGACGGGGCAGCCACUGGAGUGGACGCCACCUGCACCCACCACCCUGACCCCACGGGCCAUGGGCUGGACAGAGAGCAGCUGUACUGGGAACUGAGCAAGCUGACCCACGGCAUCACUGAGCUGGGUCCCUACACCCUGGACAAGGACAGUCUCUAUGUCAAUGGUUUCACCCACAGGAGCUCUCUGCAUAUCACCAGCACUCCUGGGAUGACCACAGUGAAUCUGGGAACCUCUGGGACUCCAUCCUCCCUCCCUGGCCCCACCGCAGCUAAACCACACCUGACGCCGUUCACCCUCAACUUCACCAUCCUGAACCUGCAGUAUGAGGAGGUCAUGCGUCACCCUGGCUCCUGGAAGUUCAACACCACGGAGAGGGUCCUGCAGGGUCUGCUUGGGCCCUUGUUCAAGAACACAAGUGUUGGCCCUCUGUACUCCAGCUGCAGAUUGACCUUGCUGAGGCCAGAGAAGGAUCGGACAGCCACUGGAGUGGACGCCAUCUGCACUCACCACCCUGACCCCCUGGGCCCUGGGCUGGACAGAGAGCGGCUGUACUGGGAGCUGAGCCAGCUGACCCACGGCAUCACUGAGCUGGGCCCCUACACCCUGGACAGGGACAGUCUCUAUGUCAAUGGUUUCACUCACAGAAGCUCUCUGCACAUCACCAGCACUCCUGGGACAUCCACAGUGAACCAGGGAACCUCUGGGACUCCACCCUCCCUCCCUGGCCCCACAGAUGCUGGAUCUCUCCUGGUGCCAUUCACCCUCAACUUCACCAUCCUGAACCUGCAGUAUGAGGAGGUCAUGCGACACCCGGGCUCCUGGAAGUUCAACACCACGGAGAAGGUCCUGCAGGGAUUGCUCAGGCCCUUGUUCAACAACACCAGUGUCAGCCCUCUGUACUCUGGCUGCAGACUGACCUCGCUCAGGCCCGAGAAGGAUGGGGCAGCCACUGGAGUGGACGCCAUCUGCACCCUCCGCCCUGACCCCACAGGCCACGGGCUGGACAGAGAGCAGCUGUACCGGGAGCUGAGCCAGCUGACCCACGGCAUCACUGAGCUGGGUCCCUACACCCUGGACAGGGACAGUCUGUAUGUCAAUGAUUUCACCCAUCAGACCUCUCUUCACCUCACCAGCACUCCUAGGACCUCCACAGUGAACCUGGGAACGUCUGGGACUCCGUCCUCCUUACCCAGUCCCUCGGCCACUGAACCUCUUCUGAUGCCUUUCACCCUCAACUUCACCAUCCUGAACCUGCAGUAUGAGGGCCACGGGCUGGACAGACAGCGGCUGUACGGGGAGCUGAGCCAGCUGACCCACGGCAUCACUGAGCUGGGUCCCUACACCCUGGACAGGGACAGUCUGUAUGUCAAUGGUUUCACCCAUCAGGACUCUCUGCACAUCACCAGCACUCCUGGGACUUCCACAGUGAACCUGGAAACCUCUGGGACUCCACACUCCUUACCCGGUUCCUCGGCUGCAAGCCCUGCCUUGGUACCCUUUACCCUUAACUUCACCAUCACAAACCUGCAGUACAUGCCAGACAUGAAGCACCCAGGCUCUGCAACAUUCAACACAACCAAGCGGAUCCUGCAGCACACACUCGGUCCUCUGUUCAAGAACACCAGUAUUGGCCCACUGUAUGCCGGCUGCAGACUGAUUUCCCUCAGGCCAGAGAAGGAUGGAUCAGCCACCAGGGUGGACACCAUCUGCACUCACGGCUCUGAGCCCGCAAGCCCUGGGCUGGACAGAGAGCAGCUGUACUGGGAGCUGAGCCGGGGCACCCAUGGCAUCACUCAGCUGGGCUCCUUCACCCUGGACGGGGACAGCCUCUAUGUCAAUGGUGAGGGGCAGCAGUACUCUUUCCCUACCACAGAUCCUGGGACCACAAGCAGCAGACUCACAGAACGUGGCUUUUCCACUCCCACUGCAGCCUCUGGCUCUCUCCUGAUGACGUUCACCGUCAACUUCACCAUCCUGAACCUGCAGUACAUGGAGGACAUGCAUAACCUGGGUUCCUGGAGGUUCAACACCACACAGAGGGUCCUCCAGAACCUGCUCACACCCUUGUUCAAGAACACCAGCAUCAAUCCUCUGUUCUCCGGCUGCAGACUGACCUCACUCAGGUCAAAGGAAAAUGGGACAGCCACUGAAGUGAAUACCAUCUGCACCCACCGCCCUGACCCGACAGGCCCUGGGCUAAACAGAGAGCGGCUGUACUGGGAGUUGAACGAGCUGACUGACGGCGUCACCAAGCUGGGCCCCUACACCCUGCACAGGGACAGUCUCUAUGUCAAUGGUUACACCCACCAGACUUCAGUAACCACCAUCAGCACCACAAAAACACCCCUAGUGAACUUCACCCUCAACUUCACCAUCACCAGCCUGCGCUACAGGAAGGACAUGCAGCCUCCAGGCUCUUGGAAGUUCAAGGACUUGGAGAUGGCUCUGCAGUUUCUGCUGGAUACGCUGUUCUGGAACACCAGUGUCCGCGCACUGUACUCUGGCUGCAGACUCACCUUGCUCAGACCUGAGAAGAACGGGUCAGCCACUGGAGUGGACGCCAUCUGCACCCUCCGCCCUGACCCUGCACACCAGGGGCUGGACAGAGAGCGGCUGUACUGGGAGAUCAGUCAGCAGACACAGGGCGUCACCCGGCUGGGCCCCGCCACCCUGGACCCGGACAGUCUCUACGUCAACGGUUACACCCACAAGAGGAAGCCCACAACCUCCAGCACCACUGGCCCUACGCUGGUGACCUUCACCCUCAACUUCACCAUCACCAGCCUGCGCUACAGGAAAGACAUGCAGCCUCCAGGCUCUUGGAAGUUCAAGGACGUGGAGAUGGCUCUGCAGUUUCUGACUCCAUCUCCACCUGCCAAGACCACAGGUUACACCCAUCCAGCACCAAGCACGUCCAGCACUACCACUGGCCCUACCCUGGUGACCUUCACCCUGAACUUCACCAUCACCAACCUGCACUACAGGGAGCACAUGCAGCCGCCAGGAUCUGCGAAAUUCAACACCACAGAGAAGGUGCUGCAGGGCCUGCUUGAUCCCCUGUUCAGGAACACCAGUGUGGGCCCGCAGUACUCUGGCUGCAGAUUGACCUCGCUCAGGACUGAACAGUGUGGUCGCUUCCUUCCUGCCCUCCCGGUGCAUGUCCCCAGCAGAGCCACUGGCCCUACCCUGGUGACCUUCACCCUCAACUUCACCAUCACCAACCUGCACUACAGGGAGCGCAUGCAGCCGCCAGGGUCUGCAAAGUUCAACACCACAGAGAAGGUCCUGCAGGGCCUGCUUGAUCCCCUGUUCAGGAACACCAGUGUGGGCCCGCAGUACUCUGGCUGCAGACUGACCUCGCUCAGCAGCCUUGGUCAUUACUGCUGUGGCCCAAACUGGACAUCUCUGUCUCCCUCCCCCACUGCAGCCACUGGCCCUACCCUGGUGACCUUCACCCUCAACUUCACCAUCACCAACCUGCACUACAGGGAGCACAUGCAGCCGCCAGGAUCUGCCAAGUUCAACACCACAGAGAAGGUCCUGCAGGGCCUGCUUGAUCCCCUGUUCAGUAACACCAAUGUGGGCCCGCGGUACUCUGGCUGCAGACUGACCUCGCUCAGCAGAGGGUACACCCAUGCAGUCCCAAUUAUCCCAACCACUGGCCCUACCCUGGUGACCUUCACCGUCAACUUUACCAUCACCAACCUGAACUACACGGAGGACAUGGGGCAUCCCGGUUCCUCAAAGUUCAACUUCACUGAGAGGUCCCUACAGAGCUGGCUCUCGUCCUUGUUCGAGAAGACCAGUGUCCACUCCAUCUACGCCGGCAGCAGACUGGCCUCGCUCAGGUUACAUCCAUCCAGCAUCAAGCACGUCCACCACUACUGGACAUCUGUGUUUUCCUCCCCCACGGCAGCCAGCAUCCCUGCCCUGGUGACCUUCACCCUCAACUUCACCAUCACCAGCAUGGAGUACACGAAGGACAUGGGGCAGCCAGGCUCCCCAAAGUUCAGCCUCAUCGAGAGUGUCCUACAGAGCUGGCUCUCGUCCUUGUUCGAGAAGACCAGUGUGCACUCCAUCUACGCCGGCAGCAGACUGGCCUCGCUCAGGCUUGCAAAGCGUGGAGCAGCCACCGGAGUCGACGUCAUCUGCAUCUUCCACCCUUACCCCGGGGGCCCCGAACUGGACCGAGUGCGGCUGUAUUGGGAGUUCAGCCAGCUGACUCAGGGCAUCUCCCACCUGGGCCCCUUCACCCUAGACAGGGACAGCCUCUAUGUCAACGGGUACACCCAUGCAGUCCCAAUUAUCCCAAAGAGUCCCAGCUCAGGGCUUGCAAAGGGCGGAGCGGCCACCAGAGUGGACAUGAUCUGCACCUUCCACUCUUACCCUGGGAGCCCCGACCUGUACAGAGAACGGCUGUACUGGGAGUUUAGCCAGCUGACUGAGGGCAUCUCCCACCUGGGCCCCUUCACCCUGGACAGGGACAGCCUCUACGUCAAUGGUUACACCCAUGCAGUCCCAAUUAACACAACUGGGAAGCUCAGCGAGGAGCCCUUCACCCUGAACUUCACCAUCAAGAACCUGCGCUACUCAUCGGACAUGGGGCGCCCUGACUCCCUCAAGUUCAACAUCACCGACGCCCUCAUGCAGCACCUGCUCAGCCCUUUGCUCCAGAGGGGCAGCCUGGGCACACUCUACGCAGGCUGCAGGGUCACCUCGCUCAGAUCUUUGAAGACCGGCACCCAGACACAGGUGGACUUUCUCUGCACCUACUGGCAGCCACCCGGCGCCCCAGUUCUGCUUGCGAAGAGGGUGUUCCAUGAGCUGAGCCAGCAGACCCGUGGCAUCACCCGGCUGGGCCCCUACUUUCUGGACAAAGACAGCCUCUAUGUUAACGGUUAUCACGAACGUGGUCCGGAUGAGCCUCCUGCAACUCCUGAGCCAGCCACCACAUCCCUGCCUCCUCCAGAAGCCACCACAGGUUAUAUACCCCAGAACGCAUCGAUCCCAAGCGAGUACCAGCUGAUCUUCCGCAUCAUCAACUGGAACUUCAGCAAUGCAGACUCCACCUCUUUGGAGUACACCACCCUGCUGAGGGACAUCCAAGACAAGGUCACCGCACUCUACGCGGGCAGCCAGCUACAGGGCACGUUCCGCAUCUGCCUGGUCACCAACCUAACGCUGGACCCCAUGUGGGUCACUGUCAGAGCACUGUUCUCCUCCAAUCUGGAUCCCAACCUGGUGAAGCAAGUUUUUCUGGAUAAGACCCGGAAUGCCUCAUCCCACUGGCUGGGCGCCACCUACCAAUUGGCGGACCUGCAUGUGACAGAAAUGGAGCUAAGCAGACCCAGCCCCCAGCACUUCCAGUUGAAUUUCACCAUCACCAACCUGCCAUAUUCCCAGGACAUGGCGCAGCCAAGCACUACCAAAUACCAGCGAAACCAAAGGAGUAUUGAGGACGCGCUCAACCGACUCUUCCGAAACAGCAGCAUCAAGAGUUAUUUUCAUAACUGUCAAGUUUCAGCAUUCAGGUCCGUCCCCCCCAACAAUCACACUGGAGUGGAUUCCCUGUGUUACUUCUCACUAUUGACUCGGAGACUGGACAGAGUUGCCAUCUAUGAGGAAUUCUUACGGAUGACCCAGAACGGUACCCGGCUGCAGAACUUCACCUUGGACAGGAACAGUGUCCUUGUGGAUGGGUAUUCUCCCCAGGAAAAUCAUGCCUUGACUAAGAAUACGGACCUUCCCUUCUGGGCCAUCAUCCUCAUCUCGCUGGCAGGAUUCCUGGGAUUCAUAACAUGCCUCAUCGCCUGUUUCCUGGUGAUCGCCUGCCUGCGGAGGAAGAAGGAGGGUGACUACGAGGUCCAGCAACGCCACCUGGGCUACUACCUGGCACUCCUAGACCUGAGGAGGCGGCAAUGA